AUGAAUUUAAAAUCUGCACCAUUUCAUUUAUCUGUUGAUGAAAUAUCUAAAUUAAGUUCCGAAUAUCAAUCAAAAAAUAUACGAUUAAUUCCAGCAUCGGAUAUAACUAAUAAUCUUCAAAAUGCUUACCUAUUGCCUGUUCAACAAAAUAUUCGGACAAGCAAUGCUAACUCUAUAAAUGCCCAUUCAAAAAAUGUUCAGUUACCAAGUACGAGUAAAUCACAAAAAUUAAAUAAGACACAAGCACCACCAAAAUCAAAAAUAACAACAGCAAAACAGCAUAAUUUUGGUAACAGUAGUUUAACAAUGCAUACAAGUAUUCAACACAUGCAAAUAAAAACCACUACCGCCCAAGAGCAUUCAGAUGAUCAUAAAGACACUAAUAUGUUAGUCCAACAAUAUCUACAAACAACAAGCACAAGUACUCACAAGCAGCAAACUUCAAACCUAUUGCAAGUUACACGACCAGGGAUGAGCUCUCCAUUGCUUCAGAAUAGUAUUGUACAGCAAGAUCAGAAAAUGCAGCUACAACACGGCACCGGAAGUAAUAAUAAUGCAGUUGGGACAAAUGUUCAACAACAGCAGUUAUUACAUAAAUCACGGUCUAAUAAAAAUUUAACAAAGGGGAAUGUUCAACAACGCUUAUCCCCACAAACAAAUAAUCGAUCUUCCAAUGUUACUAAACGUCCAUCUCCUAGACAAAAUCCUAAUAAAUCAUCUUCUUUAGAUAACACAGGCAAAGGUAAACAUACUCGCAUGCAGUGA